ACUGGUAGGUCGACGGCCGCCACACGCAACUGAGCUCAGAAAAUAUUCGACAUGCCGCGCGCCUAAGUGUGCACGGCUUCCCGCAAGCGCUGAAAAUCCUUUUCAUCGUUUCGUUACCUUUUGUUUAAUCGUCAACUAGUCUACGUUCUUCAUGUCAGUUCGGAUCGCCGAGAGACGCGCCUUGGCAGCGUCAAAGUUUAUUCUCUCGCGACUCGCUGAUCAACGGACUACCAGUUUUACACAGUUUUCUUUUAAUGACGAGUGAACCAAGAGCCAAGGUAUCUUCGAUACAUGCCAAAAAGGAGCAUUAACGCACCGUUUGAAGUGACUGACAUUUAAGUGAUUAUUUGGUGGUGAGACAUCGAUCGUAGUUGUCGAGUGUGCAUAUAUCGAGCAGCGGAGUCACAGUAGCUGCUCCUUAUUCUUUUCUCCCAAAUCUGGUUGCUCUCCGGAAUUAUACCGAAGAGCCUAGGAAGUUCUUAUGAAUGGAUGUAGGUUGGACGCAGUCCGCACACAGGGGUACAACCUUCGAAGUAUGGGAAACGCAUACCUUCUCCAUGCUGCUCAUCGCUCUCUGGAGCUUGGUUCUGCUCGGGGCACUGGCCUUGAAUGCGACUCUGCUCGUCGCCUUCGUGCGAAACUCUGCCUUACGAGACAUCUCGAACAGAUUCGUGAUGAACUUGAUAGGCUCGAACAUCCUGUCGACGCUGGUGCUGACGGGCCUGCUGCUGACCAACGCCAUCGGACUGAGCUUCGAGCACACCGCCAUCCAGUCGAGCGUCGGAUCGGUGCCGAACGCCUGCAGCCUGGCCGAGGGCGCCGUGUCCCUCGUCACGACCUCGUCCGUGCUGUCGGUCGUGCUCAUCGCCUGGGAUCAGUACUCGGCCGUGGUCGACCCUCUGCGAUAUCGCACCCGCAUCGGCAAAGUCAAGUGCGGCCUGCUCAUCCUCGCCGUUUGGAUCAUCUCGCUGCUAUUAGGCGUCUGGGCAAUUUUUAAUCCGGAGCCGCAGACAUUGUGUGCUCUGCUGUCUUCGAAGACGACGACGACGACGACAUCGAAAUCAUCGGCCACGAUGGAGCUCUCGAAAAACUCCUUGGCUAAGCUUGGAAACGUCUUCGGCAUAGUGUACGCAUCGACUUACGUGCUAUUGGUGUUCCUCGUGCCGUUCAUAGCCAUCUGCUGUUUCUACGCGAAGAUCUACAUGGCAGCCCGGAACAACAGCGAGCGCACCAGACGCACCGGCUCGAGGCCGAUCCUCUCGUCGGGCAGCUUCAGCGAGGAGUCCGGUUACAAUCACGGCACCCGAAUGGAGGCCUCCUACGAGGACGUGCGCAGCGCCAGACUGCCCAAGAUCUCGUCGCUCUCGUCCAUAGACGAGCGCAGCGAGGCAACACCCAGUCAGCUGGCCUACCAGGACAACCUCGACGAAGAGCUCCAGGAGGUCGUGUUCACCCUGGGCAAGAAGAAAAUCGAGCACAAACAAGACUGCCCAACUGCUAUCUCUACAGAGCCACAGCAGCAGCCGCAGCAGCAGUCGCCCAAAGUUCCUAUAGCAGCCUUGAAGGCUCAAUUUUUGUCGAACGACCUAGUUCAGCAGCAGAUACGAUGCAAUUCGGCCGAACUGGUUCGCAGCAAAUUUCCCGAGGUCUGCGAGCAGAGACGCAAAUCGUCGCACGAUCUGCUCUACGAGAACUCGCUGCUCGUCGAUCCCAAGCAUCCUUACGAAUACGAGGACGAGGAGGAAGGCGACGACGGCGACGACGACGACGAUCUGGGAGAGUCGAGCGACGAGGAGAACGAUCGAAUGGUCGAUCGGUCCAAUGUUCCACGCAAUAGCGACAGUAUUGACCUCGAGGAAGCUCUGCCGCUGUCCAUCGAGAUGCCUCACGGGUUCCAGAGUAAAGGCGCCGAGCUCGGCGAUCAGAGCAGCACCUCGACUUCGAGCUCGCAAGCUCAGCAUCAACAUCAGCAGCAAGCACCGCCGAUCGUCACGAUCACUCCACCCGCUCAGAGAGCCGCGAGCGGCAAUCUGCAUCGGGUGCCCAGCUCCAGCAAGCCCAUAUCCAUGACGAGCCAGUGCGGCUACAUUCAGAACAUCAAGCACAAGAUCAGCAACGGCUCGCUGUUCAAGUACCGCGAGGAGACCCGGGCGGCGCGCAUAAGCGCCUUCGUCAUCGUCAUGGCCUUCAUCUGCUGGACGCCGUACUCGCUGCUGCUGCUGGUGCGAAACCUGCCGAUGCCCGCGCAGAUCGCGCGCUUCCUGGACCCGCCCAAGAUCCUCGGGGCGCCGAGUCUCGAGCUGCUCGCUCUGACGUUCUUCGUGCUGGCGACCUACCUGAGUCCGCUUCUCUUCGGUUACCGCUCGAAGAAGGUCAAGCGCGAGCUGCACAAGUUCUUCUGCUUCAAGCGCGAGCUCUCCUACAAGAACAAUCGCAGCUUGAUGGCGAAGAAGGUGCUGAAGCGUCGCCACAGCGGCGCCACGAUACUCGGCCAGUUCGUGGAGCAUCAGUCGGGCAACGUCGAGGGCUCCAGGUACAACAUCUUCGGCUGCAUCGGCAGCAGCUCGCGGACCAACGGCAAGUGGCCCAAGGACAAGGUGCACUUCGUCCAGGUGCCCGACACGGCCCUCACCGUCGAGACCUGCCGCAGCAGCUUCAGCAGCGGCGCCAGCACCCAGAUAUCGAGCACCUCCACCGACGAGUGCUGACCGCUCGCCAGCACCACCUCCUUCUCCGAGUCCGUGUCUACUCGCACGAUUAUGCAUUUCGACAAAACUGUACAUAGAUGUAU